AUCGGGUGUUAUUAACUAGCAUGACAGCAAUGUAUUGAUGUGAAACGUAUGCAGCUCACAUCGGAUCAUAUUGGCGACCCCAUCAGUGAUGGACAGUUGUGUACAGUACGAAAUAAACAUCUAGUGUUUUAACCAGGAUUGCAUUUAUGUGAUUAAGUAGUAUCAUGCAGUGUUAACCACGGACCUAGUACUAUUGUUGACAAGGAGCGAGUAGAACUACGGAUACUGCUUUGGUGUAUAAAACAACGCAUACCACAACGACAUGUCGACGCAAGCGGAGAAAGCAAUGGCGGCAGGGGUCAAUGCUGACCUGGUGAUGCUUGAUGGAUUUGUGCAUGCUGCUAUACUAGUAGACAGGUUGAAGAAAGUGAAGUGUAUUCCUAUCCGUGUGGAUGACAUCUUACUCUGCACAUACCCAAAGUCAGGUACACACUGGACGUGGGAGAUCCUCAACAUGAUCGUGGCAGGCAAGGCCGAGUACGCCAAACACUGGCAGAACUCUGCAUGGCUGGAAUACAGGACCGAGGAAGAACUGGAGGAACUGGCAUCACCAAGGAUCCUUCACACCCAUUUACUUCCUGGCCAACUUCCAGACGCAGUGUGGAACCAAAGAUGCAAGGUGGUGUACGUCAGGCGGAAUGUUAAGGAUUGCGUUGUGUCGUCCUACAAUCAGUUCAGCAAACAGAUCUGGAAGGACAACCCUUUAGGGAAACAAGGCUACACCGGUUCCUGGGACGACUUCAUUGAUCUUUAUCUCGACGGAUCUUUACCCGGUGUGCCCUAUUUCGAACACACCAUCGAGUGGGCCAACGUUUCUGAAGCUCACAAAGGCUUUGAAAUUUGCAGACUCCAGUAUGAAGAUAUGAAGAAGGAUUGCGUUCAGGAAAUAAGAAGAAUGGCAGAUUACCUGGGACGCCCUCUACCGGAUCAAACAUACCAGGCAAUAUCCGAUGCUUGCUCUUUUAAGAAUCUCAAGCACGCAAACGAAAAAGUGAAGGAUCAAACCUUCCACUUUAAGUGGCAAAAUGGUUCAAGUGGAUAUUUCAGAAAAGGUACAACUGGUGACUGGAAGAACUGGUUCACUGUGGCCCAGAGCGAGCGAUUUGAUAAAGUAUAUGAAGAAAGGUUGAAGGAAACCUUUCCAUAUUGACAUUGGUGGAAGACAUGAAUGAUCCUUCUCAAUUUGAUUUUAACUGCACAAUCGACUGGAAAUGGAAAGGGUCUUGUCACUUUCAUUUUGAUAGCUAUAGGGUCUAUGAAUAUUGCAGGUGUUACGUACAAACGGACCAUUUGUAAUUGUUAUUGCAAUGUCCUUUCAUGCUUCUGACAAAAGCAUUGUUAAUAUCCAGAUAAAACAGAACUGUAGAUUCAAGAGGUUUAAGAAAACAUACCCAUCCCGACACUGGUUGAAAACAUGAGAAAUGCUUGUCCAUUUGUGUUUACGAAGGGACUAUGACAACAGCAGAUUUUAGGUACAAACGAAUAACAUUUAGUUAGCAUUGCAAUGCCAUGUGUUGUUAUUAUGAUGAUAGAACUGUAUUCAAUAUGUUACUGUCAGAUUUCUCUUGUCGCGUGGGUGUUGAUUUACAAUUCUGUUGAUUUAAAAUAAACAUAAUCUUGAAAAA